GCCGGAAGUAUUCGUAUUGUUCUGGAACGAGCAAAACAUUUCUAAAGAAGCUCAACUCGUCCCACUUCUCCUCAAACUUGUGCGUCCGGACGGUGUUGUGUUGUCGCUCUGAGGUCUCCUCCGGUUUGUUGGCAGGUGGAACCGUUGAGCGGAGGGAUGGCGUCGCGGCUGGAGAUGACAGAAAUGUAUGACAACGCUCUGCUGGGGAUCCUGCAGCACGUUGGAAACAUCCAGGACUUCCUGCAGGUCUACUUCGGAUUUCUAUACCGAAAAACGGACUUUUAUCGGCUGCUGUCUGGUCCCAACGACAGGAUGGGCUUCCCUCCAGGAGUGGCGGAGAAGAUGGUGCUGAAGACAUUUAGGAUGUUUGAAAAGCUGGCCGAGCAAGACAGAGAGCGAGCGCAGAGCGGGAGGAGAAACGAGGCUCCGCGUGUUCCUCCUGCAGCCCAGGAGCUGGAGGUUACCUCUGAGCCCGGCGAGGCGGCGGCGGAGCAAAGCGGCACGGAGCCGCCCCAGAUGGAGAGCGCCCCAUCUGAUGGAGGAGAAGUUCCCGCUGCAGCAGCCUCAGAUGCUCCUGUCAGAUCAGAAGAUGGAGGCAACAGCGAUGGAGCAGGAGCCCAGGGAGGCGAAGCGGCAUCCAGCUGCACAGCAACAGCAGACAAAUCUCAGAAUGACUUCCAGUCCAACCCAGAUAGUUACAACGGAGCCGUGAGGGAGAACUACAGCUGGUCUCAGGACUACACUGACGUGGAGGUCCGAGCGUUUGUUCCCAAGACCGUCGUAAAGGGCAAACAGGUGAGCGUCAACCUGCAGAGCGGCAGCCUGCGAGUGAGCGUGAAGGAAGGAGCGGAGGAGAAAGUGCUGAUGGAGGGAGAGUUCACGCACAAGAUCAACACAGAGGACUCGCUGUGGAGUUUGGAACCUGGGAAGUGCGUUCUGCUGUCCCUCAACAAGACCUCCGAGGUGUGGUGGAACGCGGUACUGAAAGGAGAAGAGGAGAUCGACAUCAACCAGAUAAACCGCGAGCGCUCCAUGGCAACGGUUGACGAGGAGGAGCAUGCCGUCCUGGACAGGCUCACCUUUGACUAUCACCAGAAGCAGCAGGGAAAACCGCAGAGUCACGAAAGGAAAGUGCAUGACAUAUUGAAGAGAGCCUGGGAUGCAGAAGGCUCCCCGUUUCAGGGGGAGGAGUUUGACCCGUCCAUGUUCGACAUCCCGCCCAGCGCCGUGCAGUUCUGAGAGGCGCCUCAAACUGGGCCGACUCGCCUUCUGAGAGGCCCGGCGCAUCGAGAAGAGGAGGGAGAGGAGUGAUGAGGGCGCGUUCUGCUGUCAAACCUGGAUGUUUUGGGAGAAUAAACAUGUUUCUUUUUUUGGGUGUUAUU